GGCUGAUAGAUUCUGUCAAGCAUCUAUAUAAGAAGCGGUUUUGCUUCUCCAAGAAUGAUCCCUAUAGGCUUAUAUUUUCCUCAAGUUGUAACAAUGUCGGUCACAUUGUAGUUACUUUAGACAAUUUAGAACAAGACGAUACUAGUUUUGUAACUUUGACACUUGAAAGAAAAAACAUGAUCUUUUCGUUAGGACUAUUCUUUGUCAAGAAGACACCAAAAUUUUUGUGUGCUGUUGUGACUAUUAUCAACGUUGUUAUGAUCUUUUUCGUUAUAAACGGUGCUACGCACGAUUCUGACGCAUAUUCAAACCUAUACUCAGUUGAGUUCACGUUCAAUCAAACAAGCGACAUUUCGUCAGCGCUAUCCACACAAUACAGUAAGCAACAUAAAGGGAACAGCCUGCAAGACUUUGUUGUGAGAGUAGGAUACAUGGGUGUUUGCAUCAAUUUUGGGGACGGGAUGCAGUGUGGAUAUACCUCGGACAUGGAAUAUACUUAUCAAGACCAAGUCCCUUCCUUCUCCGUAACAGGCGGAAACAAGAAUUCAACUUCUAGUACUAGCUUGGAGGUGUUUGAUAUUGCAUAUGCGAUACAACAGAAAACAGCAAGGCACCAGAUCUUCAUAGUGGAGAUAAUUUUUCUGCUAGCGCUAUUGGUAGUUCAGCUUUACAACAUGAUAGGAUUCUUGCCACUUCAAAAGUACGCAUCUUAUCUCUCAAUGCUUAUACUAGGAUCCUUUUGGAUAAUACUGUGUAUCUCCAUCACUUGGACCAUGGUAGUCUGUCACGAUCUCGUCAGUGUUGGUGGGGUCAUGACAAUGAACAUCUUAUCGUUUUCUAAGGGCAAGAGGUCACAGGGAGUUCUAUGGGCCGUAUUUGCUCUCACCAUAGUCCAGACAGCGUACUACAUGUGGACUCUGAUAGGUGGCACUGGCUUCAUGCAAGGCAUUUCCAGAUCUGGCGCCAAAAAGAACACGGAUGUGGAGAAAGACGCUGGCAGCGUUUCUGACAGUGUGAUGAGCAGCAUCACCACUCUAAGAGGCACUCUUUAAACUCUCACAACCAUUCAUAGCACAAGUUAUACAUCUUUCUUUUCCUUUCACAACCCCGUUCUUUAAUAUAUAAACAGGUAACUUCCAAUCAUGAGAGUAUGAACCAUGCUCAGCAGGC